AUGGCAGAACACGAACGGAAUUUCCGGACUCAUUUUUAUGAGAAAGUCGGCUUUAGAACUGUGGAGGAGAAAAAGUCAAUUGAAAUAUUGUUGAAAGAGCAACCGAUCAAGAAGGAUAAGCUCAUUCAGUUUUCUCUCCGUUUUGGCAUACCUGCCAUGUACAGGACAUAUGUCUGGAAAAUUAUACUGGGUAUUUUACCUGUCUAUUUGAGCAGCCAGGACUUUGUGUGGAGCCAUCGUGUGGAACAGGUGAGAGAGCUGCAGAGGGCUGUGGUCUUGCUGAGCCCAGAGUCUGUCGACUGCCUACAGGAACAUACAAUUCUCAGAAUGAAGCUGAUACAGGAAGGACGUUUGCCAAUGCAGAAUAAGUUUGUGGAUCAGGACCCAGAUAACCAGUACUUCCUGUCCAUUGUUCAAGCAGUCUGCAGCUUAGUGAGUUCAGAGGUCGAUCUCUUCUGGAUCUCCACACGAUUUUAUCGCUACAUCAGCCAGUCAUUAUACGCCAAUUUGCAUCUCUUUCCGGAACACACAAUGCAGUGUUUAAGGUCAGAAGAGCAAGGGCAGAAACUCUACACCCAUUUGGCUCAGCAUCAUGUCAUCAGUGAUCUGCCCUUGAUGGAUUGGUUCCACACUUGCUUUGCCAACAUCCUUGCGGAUACUUCCUUGGAGAGAAUCUGGGACCGUAUCCUGGGAGGAUCAAGUUACAUCCUAGUGUACGUGGCUGUAGCCAUAUUUCUCAUUCUGCGUCGUCCCUUGCUAGCCAUGCAGUCUGCAGAAGACAUGAUCAGCUACCUCAAACAGAUACCUGAAGAUUGUGGAGACAGGAUUGUGAACGAAGCCAUCGAUCUCAUGCACCGAUACUCCGGGCAGAUCCCUAAACCUGAAUCUCCCGGCAGUGAAAGUGGUAGAAACUCUACCAAGUCCGUCACUGACAGCCGUCGCAACUCAGGGUCUCUCAAGCCAAGUCGUCGCGGGUCAUUUGACAAUGCUGUUUCAGGUGAAAAACUGGCCAGGAAUUUGAAUGAUGGCAAGUCGGUGACGAUAGAGAUUGCACGGAAAUCUCCAGGGUCCAGUGAUAAGCCAGGAUCUUGA